AUUAAUGUUUCCUCAUUGCAUGAUGCGUAGAAAGGUGAAGAAUUGAUUGACGACACAGGUCUGCUUUCUAACAAUGACGUGUCAAAAAUGGACGAAACACUGGGAAAGCUUGAUAAAGAUGACGACACUUUUCCAGUAGGAAAUAGUGUUGAGGAGUCACAAGGCAAUGCUGAGUUCGUUAAUAAUGAGCCAGAUGCAAUUAAAGCUAUUUUAAGAGAUUGUGUUGAACAAACAAAAACAAAAUCCAAUAAGGAAACUCGGGGAAAACAAAGACUUCAAAAGUGGUUAAGAGGGCAUUUGUUUAUAGUUAGAGGAGGAGGAAUAAUCGAUAAAUGGAGUCCUCUUUAUAGAUCUGAAAGCCCUUCUCAAGUGUUUUUGAUAACUCUUUCUUGGCUGCGCAUUAUGUUAAAGGAAAUCAACCCAAUGAAUUGGAGUUCCGUUUUUUUUUCAUAUGACAAUGUGCCACCUAGAUGGCUUACAAGCAGCGAAAAAAGUUUUGCCAUGGUCUCAACCAUGGGAUAAAGCAUGGCUUUCAAUUCGUAAAAUAAUUGAGAGCCUUCAUAUCAAAAAUCACAAAGACGAGAAAUGCCUGGAGAAAUACAAUCCUUUGCCUUUAAAAACUGAAAUCCCAAAUGGAAGUACAAUGGCUGCUGAACAGACUUUCGUCUGGCUUUCCAGGUUUAAGAAGAUACUGUGUGCUAUGCCCAAAGUGCAUCAUUUGUUUUAUUUACAUAGAAUGGUAAAGCACAGAAACAAAUAUACUGUUAAAUGCUAUAAGACUGGUAAAAAACCUCUUUUACCAAUCGUUCGUAAGACGGAAAGCUAAUUCAUUCCCUUUUUAUUUACGCAUCUGUAAUUGGAGAUGAGCAAUUAUAUAUGCAUGGUCGAUUAUCUACAACAAAC